CCCAAACAAGAAGGCCACGUCGCGAGUGUCCGUCCAGAAGAGAAAAAAAAUCCGCUACCUACCUGUUCUGUCCGUUGUGUGUCUGUCUGUCUGUCUGUCGCCGUUCGUUCGACGACGACUGUAUCUCUUUGGUCGGUGGUCACUUUCUUCUUCUCCAACGCUGGUGCUGUUACUUCUAUCUGCUGUUGGCUGCUGGCUGGUCCUCUUCGAUGAGGGCACACAAGUCUCAACUGUCCGAGUUUAUUUUUUCGAACGAACCGGAAGGCACGCCGGAACUACCGGCCGCCAAUCGAGCACUAUUCCUGGAGAAAGUGCGCCAAUCAAACACUGCCUGCCAAAAUGGGGAUUUUACCACGGCAGUGCAGCUGUACACGGAUGCGCUCGGCCUGGACCCGAGCAAUCACAUACUAUUCAGCAAUCGGUCGGCGGCCCGGCUUAAGCAGGGUCAAUUUGCGCUGGCACUGCAGGAUGCCACCCGGGCUCGCGAACUCUGCCCCCAGUGGCCGAAAGCUUACUUUCGCCAGGGUGUUGCGUUGCAAUGUCUCGGCCGGUACGGAGAAGCGCUGGCCGCCUUCAGCUCCGGACUGGCCCAGGAUCCCAACUCGAAGCAGCUGCUGGCCGGGCUUGUGGAAGCCUCAAUCAAGAGCCCGCUGCGCCAUUCUCUCGAGCCCACAUUCCAGCAGUUGAAGGCGAUGAAACUCGAUCAAUCCCCGUUCGUAGUGAUAUCAGUGGUGGGUCAGGAAUUACUCGGUGCGGGUCAAUAUCACUCGGCAGUGACAGUGUUGGAAUCGGCCCUCCGGAUAGGGUCGUGUUCCCUGAAGUUAAGAGGCUCAGUGUUUAGUGCGCUAAGUUCGGCCCAUUGGGCGUUAAAUCAAUUGGACAAAGCGAUCGCAUACAUGCAACAGGAUUUGGCGGUGGCAAAAAGUCUCGGAGACACGGCCGGAGAAUGUCGCGCUCACGGGAAUCUGGGUUCAGCUUAUUUCAGUCAGGGAUCCUACAAGGAAGCCCUAACUUCCCAUCGGUAUCAGCUCGUAUUGGCUAUGAAGUGUAAAGACACCCAGGCGGCUGCCGCGGCACUUACAUCACUUGGCCACGUCUACACGGCCAUAGGCGACUAUCCAAAUGCCCUAGCUUCCCACAAACAGUGCGUUCAACUGGUGAAGCAAAUGGGUGAUCGAUUACAAGAAGCUCGCGAAAUUGGCAAUGUCGGUGCCGUUUAUCUUGCCAUGGGCGAAUUUGAUUCCGCCGUCGAUUGCCACACCCAGCAUCUGCGACUGGCCCGGAAGUUAGGGAACCAAGUAGAGGAAGCACGAGCCUACAGCAAUCUCGGUUCCAGCUACCAUUACAAAAGAAACUUCACCCAGGCCAUCACCUACCACGAAAAUGUGCUUCGAAUAGCUCAAACCUUAGGUGAUCGCGCCAUCGAAGCCCGAGCAUACGCAGGACUAGGCCACGCCGCUCGCUGUAAUCAUGACUUUCAUCAGGCCAAACGGUGGCACGAAAAACAACUCGAAAUGGCACUGGCCGCUCGGGACAAAGUUGGUGAAGGGCGUGCCUGCUCCAACUUGGGCAUAGUCUAUCAACUGCUCGGCGAACAUGACGCGGCACUAAAACUUCAUCAAGCUCACCUCACCAUCGCGCGGCAACUCCAGGACAAGGCCGGCAUGGGUCGAGCCUAUGGCAACAUCGGUAACGCCUACUCGGCCGCCGGUUUCUACGAGCAAGCGAUCAAAUACCACAAACAGGAACUCACCAUCAGCAAAGAGGUCAACGAUCGGAGUGCGGAAGCUUCCACUCACGGGAAUUUAGCUGUCGCUUAUCAAGCCCUUGGUGCCCACGAUAUGGCAUUGAUGCACUAUAGGGCCCACCUGAACAUCGCUCGGGAACUCAAAGACACCGCCGGUGAGGCCUGUGCCCUUCUGAACUUGGGCAACUGCCUCAGCUCCCGGCAAGAGUUCGCCCAAGCCGUUCCCUACUACGAGCAGUAUCUGAUGCUAUCGCAAGAACUCGGUGACGUCGCCGCCGAAGGUAAAGCUUGCCACUUCCUCGGUUAUGCCCACUACUGCAUUGGGAAUUAUCGCGAGGCCGUUCGCUAUUACGAUCAAGACCUGGCCCUCGCCAAGGACCUCCAAAACAAAAUGAACAUGGGCAGAGCUUACUGCAAUUUGGGCCUAGCCCAUUUAGCUCUAGGCAACACAGCUGGUGCCCUUGAGUGCCAGAAAUAUUUCCUCGCCAUCGCUCACAUGACCAAUCACCUGCCGGGGAAAUUUAGGGCCCUCGGUAACAUCGGGGAUGUCCUCAUUCGGAUGGGUGACGUCGACGAAGCUAUCAAAAUGUACCAGAGGCAGUUGUCCUUAGCGAGACAGGCGCGGGAAAGGGGUAUGGAAGCUGCCGCCUGUGGAGCGCUCGGCUUAGCUCAUCGAUUGUUGAAGAAGUUUGACAAGGCUCUUGGUUAUCACACCCAAGAACUUACCUUGAGGCAAGAAAUGGGUGAUCUUCCUGGGGAGUGUAGAGCUCACGGACAUCUAGGGGCUGUCCACAUGGCACUUGGUAAUUAUACUCACGCAGUUAAGUGCUACCAAGAGCAGUUGGAGAGAGCUCAGGAGUUGCAGGACUCCGCCGUUGAGGCUCAAGCUUUCGGAAAUCUAGGUAUCGCCCGACUUAAUAUGGGCCACUACGAAGACGCAAUUGGUUAUCUGGAGCAACAGUUGGGAACUCUAGAACAAGUAAACACCCCUACCGCGCAACACGAUCGUGCACGGGCCCUGGGACACCUAGGUGAUUGUUACGAUGCCCUCGGUGAUUACCACGCGGAAGCAAUCAAGUGUCACGAACGCCACUUGGCUUUGGCGAUCGCUUUGCAGAGCCCGCGGGAUCAGGAACGGGCCUACCGAGGAUUAGGUAACUGUUACAAAUCGGUGGGUAAUUUGCAAGAAGCGCUGGUGUGUUUGGAAAAGCGUUUGGUUGUUUCGCACGAAUUGGGCAAUCCGGAAGCCAAGGCUGCGGCCUACGGGGAUCUUGGAAGUUUACACAGUGCUUUGGGUAACUUUGAGCAAGCGAUCAAUUGCUUGGAGCAUCAGAGGGAUAUCGCGAGGGAGUUGGGUGACCGGGCUCUGUCCUCGGAUGCCAUCAGUGGGCUGGGUUCAGUGUUUCAGUUGAUGGAAGAUUACGACGAGUCGCUGCGGCUACACAAACAAGAUUUGGAGUUGUGCGAAAGUAUGAACCACACUACGCUGCAAGCCAGAGCCUGUGGUCGGUUGGGUUCGGUCUAUGAGUCGCUUAAAAAUUACAGUGAAUCAGUGCGCUAUUUCGAGAAGCAACUUUCGCUGACGACCGAUCGUCUGACGAAAGCUCACGCGUGUUUGUCUUUGGGACGGGUUUACCACACCAUGGAACAGCUGAGCCAGGCGGUCAGUUUCCUACGGCAGGGACUGUCGAUCGUUCAAUCGCUGAACAAGUUGGAAGAUGAAGCUAAGAUUCGGUAUCGUCUCGGGUUGUCGCUGCUGGGUACCAAUGAUGAAGAUGGCGCCCGGCAGCAGAUGGAAAGUGCCGCGCAAAUCCUCGAAUCGAUAAGAAGUGAUCAAGUGACGGCUGAGGCUAGAACAAGUCUUUAUGAACUGCAAACUUGUUGCUAUCAAAAUUUGCAGAAAAUUCUUGUCUCGAUGAGUCGCCAUGAAGAGGCUCUAGUGGCCGCGGAACGGUGUCGCUCCCGAAUGGGAGCCGAUUCGAAUCAAAGUGCUGAAAAUUCGCUCAACAAUCGCAAAACUCUGCUAACGUGUAGUGAAUACAUCUUCGACACAGUGAACAAAAGCAAAACCAACAUCAUCUACUACAGUUUGGUGGGCAGUGAAUUACUCGCCUGGUUUCUUUCGCCUCAAAAGCGGAUCGUUCGCUUCCACAUUGCCAACAUCGACGAACAGACCCUGCAAAUGGUCAAAAAGCCAACGCUCACUGAAGCAAACGGCCAAAAACCCGAAACCCUGCUCGAACAGUACAUCAAUUUUGUGCGCGAUAGUUUGGGAGUGAAUUCGGAAAGUGUCCUGCAGGAGGGAGACGGAAGUGGUUGGAGAUCCUCGAACGAAAAUCUGCUGGACGAUUUGGCCAACGAACGGGCUGGCUUCCUCCGGAUGGUUAACCGAAACCAUCUGCUGAACUCCAGCAACUACUCGUUGAGUUCGCUGUUCAGCUUGGGAAGUGUGGGUGGAUCAGUGGCCAGCUUGCAAGGAUCUACUAGAUCCAUUGGAAGCUUACAAGGGUCUACCCGAUCGAGACGGUCCACGAUGCUACCGCCAUGGCAGGGACCUUCCUGUUUGCAUGUGCUGUACAACCUCCUACUGGCUCCGUUUGAAGAUCUUCUACCCGAUAUCAGCACAACUUCACGGAUUGGUCGACGGGAGCUUAUUUUGGUCCUGGAAAAGGAGCUGUACCUGAUACCGUUUGCAAUCCUGAGGAGUGGUGAUGAAACCGGGGAAUACCUCUCGGAGCGUUGUUCGCUGCUGACGGUACCGUCACUGCAUACCUUAAGGCAGAAGAGUCGGAUCAAGACCAGGGAACCGACGGAAGGUAUGAACAGUGCCCUGGUCGUCGGAGGACCCAAAAUCCCAUCGUCACUCUCGGACAACUGGGGCUGGAGUGAAUCCCCGGCUUCGCUCCAGGAAGCGGCCAUGGUUUCCGACAUGUUGAACACCAAACCCCUGGUGUCCUGUGGCGCCACCAAGGAAGCGAUCCUGUCGGAACUGCCGGCAGCCGAGUGCGUUCACUUUGCUGCCAACGUUAGCUGGAAGCUGGGAGCCGUUGUGUUGAGCCCGGGAGAAGUUCUGGAUUCCCAGUCCCAGAAACGCUUCUACCCGAAUGCUUCCGGUGAGCUGGAGAACGACGAGGAUAGCGCUGAUCUUUCGUCUACAAAUAUGGAAAUUCCACCAUUGUCGGAGUUCAUUCUAAGUGCCGCAGAUGUCGUGUCGACAAAGCUGAGUGCUAAGUUGGUGGUUUUGAGCUCGUACCAUUCGAUGGAACCGAUUACGGGUCAUGGAGUAGCUAACUUGGCAGGUAGCUGGUUGUAUGCUGGCACUGGUGCCGUUCUAAUAUCUCUAUGGCCUGUUCCGGAAACGGCAGCGAAAAUUUUGCUGAGAGCGUUCUACUCCGCAUUAUUGCAAGGAACUCGAGCUGCCAAAGCUCUUGCCGAAGCUAUGCAAACAGUUCAGCAUACCAAGCACUUUGCUCAUCCAGCCAAUUGGGCCGGAUUCAUUUUGAUUGGAGGAAACGUCCGUCUCUGUAACAAGGUGGCACUGAUAGGUCAAGCCCUUUGUGAACUCAUGAGAACUCCGGAUAAGUGUCGUGACGCAUUGAGGGUGUGUCUUCAUUUGGUCGAGAAAAGUCUACAACGUAUUCACCGCGGUCAAAAGAAUGCGAUGUACACAACCCAAAAAAGCAUCGAGAACAAAGCUGGACAGGUCGUCGGUUGGAAAGAUCUACUAAUGGCAGUUGGGUUCCGAUUUGAACCCGCUGCCAAUGGAAUCCCUUCGAGUGUGUUCUUCCCGCAAACUGAUCCAGAAGAUCGGUUAUCCCAAUGUUCGGCCAGUCUACAGGCUCUACUGGCCCUUUCGCCGACUACUCUCUACGCCAUGUCGAAGCUGGUCAACAACUCGGAUAUUGCUGACGAAAUCAUUGGUGUAAUGCGUAACGUGAUAGCUCAGUUCCCACCGAAAGCUCCGUGCGACAACGAGAGUAUCGAUAUUCCGCUGAGUGUGCGACUCUGGAGAGUUUCCGGCUGCCAUGAACUGCUCGCUUCGCUAGGAUUCGAUUUAAUGGAGGUUGGUCAGGAUCAAGUUACACUGCGUACGGGUAAACAGGCCAAUCGGCGAAACUGUCAAUUCGUCCUUCAAUCGCUGUUGGCUUUGUUUGACACCCAAGAAGCCCCGAAAAGUUUGGGCAUUGAAUCCAGUAGCAGUUCUGAAUCUCUGAAUGAAGACUCGUCCGACGAACCACCGCAGGUUAAAGCACCACCGAGUCCAACUCCGACGGCUCCGGAACAGCAGCGUAGCAUUUCGCCAGCCGUAACGGUCAAAAGUCAGGCUAGCUACAACUUCCCACGGCCUCCGUUACCCUUUCGAAGGGUACCGUUCCUGAGCACUCGAAGCGCCUUCAUUUCCUACGUCCGAAGGCGCGGUGAACCAGACGGCGGCCAAACGGAAGCUUCCGGACAGGUUCCACACGGAGGUCAACAGGCUCAAGCUCAGGCGCAAACAGCUAAUGGACAAUCUACCAACUUAGAUUCGAGCCUAGCUAAUACCACCGAUAGUGAACUGUCCGAUGGAUACACCACUCAACAGAUUCUGAUGAAGAGUGAUCAUCUGGCUAAGGGGUUGGGUUACUCCAGCUUAAGAGGUACUAUCAAGGUUUCAAGACCCGGAGGUGGAGGUGAAAGCGAUGCAGCCUUCACUCCAAGUCCACCGGUAACUCUUCAGCACGUAGAUCCCAACGUUUCGCUAGCGCUGGCACACCAAACGAGAAUCCGUAAUCUGUACACUAACAAUGGAAUUCACGCUGCUUAUGGCCACGAUCCCGCUAGAGAAGGACACCAUCAUCAGAAUCCUAACCAUCGAAGACCCGAUAGCUCAAGUUCGGCAAGUUCUGCAACCGAUUGGGAGGGAUCCGGACAUGCAACAGUGCUACGUAGAGCUAAUCAACAGCUUCCUCCUCUACCACCACCUCGUCAAACUCUUCCGAUGGUUGAUAGUUUGAGACCAUUGGCACCUUUAGCACCUGUUUACAACAAUGUGAAUGGAGUACCAACAGGUGGCAAGAGCCAACUAAACAGCAAACCGCUGAACGUAUUGGAGUCUACCAGCUCCGACUCUGAAUUCGAACGAGGAUUCGAUCUACCUUCAACUUCGAAUGCUGUUUCAAUCAGCAGCAAACUAAACAGCUUAGCACACACCUUGCAAAGCAUGAGAAAUCGUAAGAUGAAGAUGCUCCCCACACAACAACCUUACCCCCCGAAUACUUCAUCUACCAUGAGCAGGAAGAUGGUCGAUCAGCUGGCGUUUAUGGAUCGCCUCAGUUGUCGCACCGAGAUUUCCUCAACGAAUCUAGGAGGUCACAUGGGUCAUCAACGUAAACCACUUUCCACUCUUCCGGAUGACGAACGAACCCUCAACUUGAACGCCAGUAAACUGUACUUCAACCCAACCGAUGCCGAGAUCAUCCCGUUGACAGAAAACCCCACCGACCUUGGUUUAGGCAAAGUUCAGCCUCCUAACGUCACGGGAAACAGCUCCUCGGGAACAAGUAGCGCUAAGGAAAAGACCAACAACAAGAACAUCCAAGACUCCAUCCUUCGACAUAUGAGCCGGGAAAUGACACCCACCAUUUCGGAAGUCUACCACGAACGGAACAUCGGCCUUGGUCUCGCUCCUUCCCUAUCCAAGCUGCUGCUCAGCAAAAACUACGACGACUCCCCGGACAUCAAAGCUUCGACAGCGGCCUCAAUGCUCAACAAACCGAGCGCUCUAACUGUUGGCAACCUCGCGGAAGCCAUGAACGAAAUCGAAAUGAACGCUACCACGUCCAGCAAACUCGAGGAAGGUCAAUGUACUCUAUGCAACAGCCCAUCCGAUCUCCUCUGCGGCUGUAGCAGCACAUCUACCGUAGCGGCCGUCGCUGCAAUGACCGCUGCUCUCGGCGCCUCAACAAUCACCAAAAAAUCCAACUCCAAACCUUGGCUCAGCAACGUCACCGCAAACAUUGCCGUUAAACCGGGGGAUCUCACCACCGCCGAUAUUCUCGAGCAACAGAAACAACUCAAGUCCACCGUCAGUGGCCUCACCAGUAACAUGUCCUCCUCAACGGAAAACUCACUUUCGACAGUCGUCAAGCGAGGUGGCAGCCCAUUUUCGGACCUCUCCCGGAGAGACGAAGGUGAUGGACGCAGCGUUGCCGAUUCGCAGUGUUCCGGAAGUUUCCGAACGGACAUGACCGGUUCCACCAUAACCACCACCUCCAAGAGUCAACAGUCGCAGAUAACCGUCAGCAGCCCAUCGUCGACAGCAGUUGGGGUUGAUGGUAAAGCAGUCAAACCCGAAGGUUCCAACGGGCAAGGGUCUCAAGGGUCAAGCGCUGGACCAACGGUGUCAGCGCCAGUUACGACAACAGUAAGUGGAACGAUUCAGCGAAGCAAGUACAUCAUCGAUACGUGAAACAGUGCUUAAAAGCUCUGUUCGAUUAGCCAAUUUUGAAGCCAUUGAUUUUAGUUUUUUUCGUUUGUUUUUAAUUAAUUUCUAACUGUACACAUCCACAUCCUUUCAAGGCUCAUCUUGUGACGCGUAGCAUUUAAGAGCAUUUUAAUCUAACAGUUUUAAUUCAUUGAAAAAAUUUUAACCAUAACUGAACUGAUUAGAUUGUAAAGACUUGACAAGCAUUUGUUGUAUUUUAAAAUGAGAUUACAUAGGCAUAGUUAGUUUUAUGAAAAAACCCCACUUUAGGUAAAGGCAAUAAAUCCACUGUAUCAUAGCCUGACUAAAAGCACUUGAGAACAAUACUCUUUAGAGUUAGGGAUUGCAGAGAAAACACAGUAAUAUAUUUCAUGUAACACCGUUGUAAAUAGGUUGUACAUAACCUUUUAAAUUGAUGGAACAAAUUUUAAACAAUAAAUU